CCUCCGGAACGGUCGCCCGCUCGCACCUGGCGCUGAACGCGGCAUAAUUGCUCGCGCACGAGUUACCCGAUUUCGACACCGGACCCCGAAGGACUGGCCGAGCCGACGACCAAUAUCGGACGAUUCUCAUUCUGGUAAUAAGUGUUCGAGGAUUUUUGUGUUUUGUUGGUGCUGUUUUGGUUGCAUACACUGACCAGUUUUUGGUUUAAGGAUUAACCCGUUUGUGUGUUGAGUCGUUAUUGUUUCGCAACAGGUUGUAGCUUGUUAACGAGUUUCAGGUGGUAGUGCCAUGGAUAGUGACUGUUUGGAGAUGGAUCUAUCGACGAGGCAGAGGGACGGCGUCCCGCAGGACAACGGGUGCAAGAUGCGCGUGGCCAAGUCGGUGUUCAGCAUCAGGAGUCUGGUGGACGUCGGCGACGCCGGCGAGGACAGGGACAACGGAUCCAACACGGGAACAGAAUCUAUUCCAUCUGAAGGCAACCCAGAGAUCAUGGGCGUAUCAGAGGAGAUAACGCCGAACGCCGGUUCGGAACCCAGGCCAGCUGGUGCCGAUCAAAGUGACGGCAGCGAGGCCGAGCCCGACGAGUUCGCGCCGAAGAGGAAGCAGAGACGUUACAGGACCACGUUCACCAGUUACCAGUUGGAGGAGUUGGAGAAGGCCUUCUCCAGGACCCACUAUCCCGACGUCUUCACUAGGGAAGAAUUGGCGAUGAAAAUCGGACUGACGGAAGCGAGAAUACAGGUGUGGUUCCAAAACAGGAGGGCCAAAUGGAGGAAGCAAGAGAAAGUGGGACCGACCGGCCACCCGUACAACCCCUACCUGAACCCGUCCGCGGCCGGGCCGACGCCCUCCGUCGUGCCGCCCUCACUCCCGAACCCCUUCAACCUGCCGUUCGGCCUGCGGAAACCGUUCGACUCGCUACCGUUCCGGUAUCCGCCGCACGUGUUGCCCAGCUACCUGCCGUCGCCGCCGCCCUAUCACCGCGGCGGGCCGCCGCUCCUGCCGCCGUCCGUCAGCCUCUAUCCGUCGGCCAGCAGCUUCCAAUCGUUGCUGGCCAACAUUUCGGCCGCGCAGAGGCCGAAGCAGGAGUUCACGGCCUCGCCGCCGCUCUCUCCCGGCUCGUCGACGGCCGUGACGCCGCCCGACGUCGACAGGAGGAGCAACAGCAUAGCGUCGCUGAGGCUGAAGGCCAGGGAGCACGAGUUGAGAUUGGAGAUGCUGCGGCAGAACGGUGAUCUUAUCAGUUAAUUUGUGAUGUUAGUGCUAGCUUUUAUUGUCUUCUAAGCACUCGGGAUGACAUAAAAUAUGUACUCUGCAAGAAAUUUGUAUUAUCUACAAAUAACCGGUGUUGACUUCGUGAGUAUGUUCACUUUGAGAGUAUGUUUUUUCUGACGUUCUCUAGCUGCAUGAGUAUUAACGCAGAAAACCUUUUUAUAUACAUUAUACUGUAAAUAUUAUAAAUAGUUGACGAAACAAUGUUCUUAGCUGAAUUUUCUUUAGGUUCUAAGAAAUAGUAUUGUAGUGUUUUAGAGUUUUUAAAAAAAUAUGUGCUGCAAUAUUUAUUAAUUAAAUAAUUGUGAAAUUGUUAACGAAUCCGUCCUAAUGUGUACUUAAAAUACGAAUAAAUAAAUAUUUUAUAAGAUUCAA